AUGCUAAUAAAAGUGACAAUAGUGAAUCAUCCAGUUGCAGUAACUGAUAAUUAUAGUGAUGAAGAAUAUAAGGAUAGUUCAAGCACUGACCACGAAUUGAAAAUUUUAUAUUCGGUUUUAAUGGUGGGUGAAACACAUGGAAAAACAGUUUUUACAGAAAAAAUAACAGAUUUUGCUGAGAGAGUUAUCCCUGGAUACACGAGGCGCGUAUUUAAAGAACAUUUUCGAAUGUUUCCAGAAACAUUCGAAGUAGUGUUACAACUAAUUGGGCCAGGAUUAAGGGCCAUAAAUGCAUUGCCUGGAAGAAAACCAAUUUCUGCCGAAAAGCAACUCCUUAUUGCAAUUUGGUUUAUGUCUACUCCUGACUCUUAUAGGUAUGAUCUCAUACAAAUUAAAAUAUGA